AUGUUGAAAGCUUUGUUUUUGCUUAUUUUAGUGAUUGUUUAUGAAGGAUCGUGUAGUUCCAUCACAAGAGACGACAAUUUCGAUGGGUAUGGUCAAAAUAGCACCGCCAGCCAGCAACCAUUGUCAAGAAAAAAGAGAUUUUUACUAUUUCCUGUCGGUGCAAGUUUGUUGUUAACGGCAUCUGGUGGAAAAGCUUUUAUAGUCAAUAUACCAGGACACAAUUUUAUUCUGGAGCUGGAUUUGUACCAUCCUCUUCCCGAUUAUAAGAUGCGUUUAUCAUCCUUACAAUUGGGAGCAUUCGGUAUGAAAACGUUGAAGACGCUUAUACCGAAACCAGCACCAUCGCCACCAACACCACCGCCUCAUGAUCACCACAAUGGCCAUGAAUUAUCCCAGAUGGAACUACAGCAAUACUUGAAGGAUCAUCCCGAUACGUGGGUUCCUCCAGGGUACGGCAACGAUCGAUCAGACUGGUUUCAACAGGGUACUUACAAUCCUUAUAAAAACGACUAUAAGCAGAGCAUGACUACUAACCCGUCAUAUGGAGCUCAAAAAUAUAAACCAUACAAAAGUUAUUUGUGGGGCAACGCACCAUCAAAUUCAAACCAUCCCAAUCUCUACCGUAUGAGGAGAUCAAUAGAUGAAUCUGUUCACGAUGACACUGAAGAAGAGGAAGAUCGGUUCAACAUUAGUCAUCAUCGCAACUGGGAACAUUUCUAUCACUAUCGGGAAAAACGAGACUUGUACCACUCAUUGGAACAUGCAUUUGGAGAAAGUUACCGUUUCAACAUGAAGGCAUGUAUUAUGCGAGCCAUUUGUGAAGCACGAAGUUUUCUUCUGCCACCAGGAAAAUCCAUGAUGAUGGACAUUUUAAGAAUAGUCUUCAGUGUGCCAUUGAAGGAUGACCUGCAAGAUGAAUACAGUUCAGCAAUGAGAGAGAAGAAUCUGGAUUGUCAUUACCUUUACGGCAAGGACUGUUCUGUCAGUAUUCUGUACUUAGUUCUGUUUGGAAAAUUUAUUCCCUGA